AUGUCGACUUCACCAGACUACGAUAUGAUGGCGUAUGUAUCACUCUCACCGCGAGGCAUCGCAGCACCAUCCAUCAGCGUGCAACAGGCCGUAGAGGCCAGCCGAAUGCUCGAUGCUGUGAAGAGUCUAAGUUUCCGGCCUCAAAGGGAUGAUGUGGACAUAGCCGCGCGCAGCAUCAAUUGCAAAAUGCAGGAGGAACAGCAGGCGGCGACGCGACGUCGGCAACGAGAUGUGAGGAACGUCAAA